GCUCCUUCAUGAUGGUGAACAGCUCUGGGCGGGCGUCAGGGCAGAAAGCUCACUUGCUGUUGCCCACACUGAAGGAGAAUGACACGCACUGCAUCGACUUCCACUACUACUUGGCCAGCAGAGACCGGUCGAGCCCCGGCUCGCUGAACGUCUACGUGAAGGUGAACGGGGGGCCACAGGGCAACCCCAUCUGGAACGUCUCGGGGGUUGUUACAGAAGGAUGGGUGAAAGCAGAGCUUGCCAUCAGUACGUUCUGGCCGCAUUUUUAUCAGGUGAUAUUUGAAUCUGUCUCUUUGAAAGGACACCCAGGGUACAUUGCUGUGGAUGAAGUCAGAGUUCUCGCCCAUCCAUGCAGAAAAGCACCUCAUUUCCUACGGCUUCAGAACGUGGAGGUUAACGUGGGACAGAACGCGACGUUCCAGUGCAUUGCUGGGGGGAAGUGGUCGCAGCACGACAAACUCUGGCUCCAGCAGUGGAAUGGACGGGACACAGCGUUAAUGGUCACUCGAGUGGUCAACCAUAGACGCUUUUCUGCUACCGUCAGUGUGGCUGACACCUCUCAGCGCAGCAUCAGCAAGUACCGAUGUGUCAUUCGCUCAGAUGGUGGAUCUGGAGUUUCGAAUUACGCAGAAUUAAUAGUGAAAG